CUUUUGUUUCCAAGGGUGGGAGAGGUCUGAGGUGUGAAUGGUCAUUAACAUAUCUUUUGUUUCCAAGGGUGGGAGAGGUCUGAGGUGUGAAUGGUCAUUAACCUAUCUUUUGUUUCCAAGGGUGGGAGAGGUCUGAGGUGUGAAUGGUCAUUAACAUAUCUUUUGUUUCCAAGGGUGGGAGAGGUCUGAGGUGUGAAUUGGUCAUUAACAUAUCUUUUGUUUCCAAGGGUGGGAGAGGUCUGAGGUGUGAAUGGUCAUUAACCUAUCUUUUGUUUCCAAGGGUGGGAGAGAUCUGAGGUGUGAA